GGGAUUUACUGGUGGCUGGUUCGUCCUGGUCUGCACUAAAGCAGGAGCUGCUGCAGCUGCACACACACAUCAAACUUCCUCCUCCUCCUUCUCCCUCUUUUCUACCUCCUCCUCCUCUUCUUCCUCUUCAUCACUGCAGCUCUCACCGACCGCAGGUCUAUUGGAUGGUAGAGCCUUUUCUUCAUCUUAUGCACACAGACAGACACACGCACAGGAUCGCGGAAUCGCUGUCCGGGCUCUAGGACGGGACACGGGACUCCGAAUUUCAGCAGACCCCGAUGAACCGUGUCGAGACGAUGCGCUGAGACGCAAACGGCCCAGGCUCUCCGGUUGUGCGCUCACCCAGAGGCUGCAGCUAACGGAGAGGGGGUGGACUGCGGUAUAAAGGAGAAAAAAGGUUUCUGAUCCAUAAAGGUUGUGCCCCACUCAAAAGGAGCGAGUCUCGCCCCUGACCAGGGGGCGAUCAGCGGAGAGGUAGAAGUCUAUACAAACGAUGGCCACCUUACUGCGGAAGAUCGGUCUGAUCCGUCUGCACGACCGAGACACGGAAGAUCCGAAGCACCACCAGGGCUCGCUGAAGGGGACCAAGGGGAACCAGAAGAACAACGCCAAUAAGCACUGUCAAACCGCCAACGAGACCAACCUGCUGAGCACCCCGGAGAUCAAGGCGAGGACGCUGGACCAGCACGGCAAGGACAAGCCGACCGGCAAAGACAAGCAAGGCAAGGAUGCGAAGGAGAAGCAGCAGACGGGGGGAAGCGGGAGCAAACCCUCCAGCGCCUCCUCCGUGCCGCCGCUGGCGCCUCACCGGCAGCACUGCACCCAGGUGCGGACGAGGCGGCUGAUGAAGGAGCUGCAGGAGAUCCGGAGGUUAGGGGACAACUUCAUCACGGUGGAGCUGGUGGAGGACAACCUGUACGACUGGAACGUCAAGCUGCACCAGGUGGACAAGGACUCGGCGCUGUGGCAGGACAUGAAGGAGACCAGCACCGAGUUCAUCCUCCUCAACGUCACCUUCCCCGAUAAUUUCCCCUUCUCGCCGCCAUUCAUGCGGGUCCUCACGCCCCGGCUGGAAAACGGCUACGUGCUGGACGGCGGGGCCAUCUGCAUGGAGCUGUUGACCCCCCGCGGGUGGUCCAGCGCCUACACGGUGGAGGCGGUCAUGAGGCAGUUUGCUGCCAGCCUUGUAAAAGGACAGGGCCGUAUCUGCAGGAAAGCAGGAAAGUCCAAGAAAGCUUUCAGUCGUAAAGAAGCCGAGGCCACAUUCAAGUCCCUGGUGAAGACCCACGAGAAGUACGGCUGGGUGUCCCCGCCGAUUUCCGACGGCUGAGUGUCCAGCUGCGAUCCAUCCAACCCCCGCGCUAGCUGGAGGGGAAAAAAACCAAGCUAGCCUCUACGUGGAAAACAACACACCACACUAACUUAAAAAUAUCUCAUCUUCACUUUUGGCUAUGUUACUCAAGAUUUCAUUGUGCAUUUUUUUUUUUUUUUUCAUUAUUGUCACCAUACAACUACAAAAGCAACAACAAUUGUUUUUUUUGUUGUUGUUGUUGUUUCACCUUCUUUUUGCCCAGGUGGUCUUUCCCCUGGUACGGAAAGAGGCAGAAGAGCGAGGAGAGUGUUCGUGUAUGAAUGUGUCACCUCAUGAGAAAUCAGCUGGGAAUGUUAGUCACUACCACCGGAUUUAUUUGGGGUUUUUCGUGUGUUUUUUCUUUUUUCUAGCACACAUCAACGUAGGUGCAGUCGGACAAAUCGGAUAUGCGAACUUUUUUGCCUCCCAUGCGAAAGACUACUGAAUGAAAGAGAUUCAUCUUUCUCACCAGUCCUCUCUUUAGCACUGAACUGACUACAUCUAACCAUUUGUGUAGCUCUUGGGUCAUUUACAUACAAAUUAAGCUGUUAAUGUUUAAUAGACAGGCAGCGCACUGACAUUUAUAUUCACUCGUUCCCUCUUUCUUUUUUCCUUGCUUUCGACUGUGCCGCUGCUCACGGUUCAAUGCAACAUAAAGAUUGUAAUUUACAAGGAGCUGUGCUCCUCUUCUUUGUUCUUUAACGCAUUGUUUCUCUUUCUCUCUUUCCUUCUCUUGUGGCUAAACUUAAAGCUCAGUGUUGCGUAGAUGGAUAAAAAAAAGUCACAUUUUGCUUUAUGCAGAGAUCCUGUAUGAUAAACAGAAUGACAGUCACCUUCUUUCUUUCUCUCUCUGCUCUCAUGCUUGUCUGUAGGAGUGGAAGAAGGCUUUAAUUCCCAUGAUUUAGAUACCAGAUGGUACAGCUGAAGGCCGGGCCUCAGUGUGUGUGUUUAUGAAGAGACUACCCUUUAAACGGUUAAACUUGUGGCUAACUGUGAAUGUCAGUAUGACCUGAAGGGAGUGCUAUUUCUUUAGUUAAACAACUAGCCGUCUCGUUCUACUAUAUCUGUGUCAUUACUUAAACAUGAGUGGAGUAGUAACUGUAUGUCUCUCAACCCUCCAUGUAAAGAAGAACAUUUUUACAGAAAAUAAAAAUCUUUAGCUCCCGACACCCACACGUUUGACCUCACCGCACACCUCGACCGCGGCGCCGACACCUCGGAAUGGGAGCUGGAGUGCUGGUGUUUAUUGAGUGGUGCUUUAAAUCCACGAAUGCUUCGGAAAACUCCUGAUUGAUGCAGCACGGAGAAAAGGAGGACGGGGAAGGGAAGAAGAAGAAAAAGAGUGGUAGGAUGAGGAGGGAACUGUGCGUGCUUUGAUCACUGCUGGCUGCUCUUGGGAAAAUGUCAGGUGGUUUUGCAAAGUGGAUGAGCGACGGGUAUUAUUUGCUCUACCUGUUGCACUGACUCAUUGAGUUACAACCUUUAAAAGGAGUUUCUAGAUGUCGAAAAUCAAGCGUACAGCCACUGUAUCAGUCAUAGGCCUUCUGGGCAGACUGUCCGUCCGGUCCAGUUUGUUUUGCUAUGUUCCAGGUAAAUGUCAGAGGAAACGCUGCUAAUUGGUCUGACAUUUCCACAGAGCACCAUUAGAAAAGAGCAGGAAGAUGGAGGACGUCAAGCCUCCCGCUCAGCCGUGACAUAUCGUCACUUCCCUCUCCCGUCCUGCUUUCGGCGCGAGGGAGGGCCUGUUCCCCGAGUGGGUUUUUCAUCUCUGCGAGAUAUAGCUAUGGGGUAAAUUCAGAUUGAGAUUAAUUCAUGGUUUGCAGCUGAUAACAAAUACCAGUGAGCAAAUAAGCAUGUCACAUUCCUGUCAUGGUAAAAAAUAAAUAAAUUGUAACAGAGGUGGAAACAGCAACGCACCAUCUGGUAUGUGAUCAUGUUCGAAGCGUGUUAGUGCUUUUUUGAGUAUGGCUUGUCAUUUCAGGUUCUGUCAUCAGAGAAAACUGUUAUCUGAAAAAUUGUUAUGACAAAAUAUCUCAAAAGCUGAGUGUUUGCUGGUUUCAAGAGAAACCUUUUUGUGACAUAGUUUAGACUGGUAGUUUGCAGAAACUAACUGGGUGAACUGACUAUUUGUAAUAUAUCUGCAUGUGAUACGUGAUUGGUAGCUAGCUACUGUAUAUCGUUUUUCAAGAAAAGCAAGAAAAACAGAAAAGAAAAAUGCAAAUGCUUCUCUUUUCUUUUUUUAUUUAUAUUAAUAUUUCCUUUUCUUUUUGAGUCCCGUACUGUAUGGACUUUCUCUUUCUUUCUAAAUGUUCUGAAAAAUGUCACAUUGUGUUAUAUGAAUGUUUGUGUUUUAAUUUAUUUGUGGUUUGCCAAAACAAUGAUUUGAAGCAUGUUGCAGGAACUGUCAACAGAAACAGAAGAAACAAAAAAAUAAACAAAAAAAUUGUUAGCUUAUGUAUUUGUGUGAUAGGGGGAAGGUUUGUUUUUGUUGGGGAGGGGGAUUCAAGGAGCAAAGACUCCAGAUUAUAAAAAGGAGGUAUGAUGGGAGUGCAACAAAUUCCUUCGAUCCUAGGAAUACUUCCUUGACCCCUCCAUAAUGACACUACUGCCCCUUACCCAUUGGUCCUAAUCUAUACACUGAUUUGGCUCAAGUGUAAUGCAGUCAACACAACAUGGACAUAAGCUACCCUUAGUAACAGAUCUAGGAUCAGUAUGGACACCCUAUGCUUUAAAUCUACUUUGUUUAGGGGAAUCUGACCUGGGAUCAGUUACUGUGAGCACCUAUGUCCCACUCCUGGCUUGAGCGUUUGGUCAGAGUCCAUGGUCUUAAAAAGUUCAAAAGGUGAAUGGUCGUUGCAAGACCUCACAGCAAUGUGCAAUAAAAAUGACAUCCUAUUGAUGUGGUUGUGUUUCUUAUCUGAAUUCUGAGCUACAUUUUCAUGCAUUUAAUGACCCACUUCAGGUUGCUGUGUCCUCUGCCUGGCCCCAUGCAUUGUCCUAAUUUUGUGCCUGGUAGGGCAAAGCUUAGAGAUCAGUCAGUAGAGAGGGGCUGGAAACACCAAUUCUGUGCUUUUAAGAGCUGCUUUGUCCAGCUUGAGGGAGAUUUGCUGUUUUGUCUGUGAGAGCAGAGCAGGUGUCCUAACAUAGCAGGCCACUUAGUAGGAAAAAAAGCUUAUGUGCAUGAGUCAUGGGGAGAGAUUUAUGCACAGAAUAUAGCGAAUAAGCAAUUCAGAAAUAUGUGGAAUUCUUUGGAACACCAAAGAAAAUGGUGAAUGGUGUUUUCUAAAACACAGCUUAUCCAAGUGUCUGUCUUGUUGCCAGUUGAUUGUUGUUAAAUAAAAAAUGACCGAGUUA